CACAGGAGCGCUUAGCUACUUACAACUGCCAAGUAGGAGCCAUGGCCACCACGGUGAGGGAAGUGCUGCCCGCACCGGCCACGCGCAGCCGCAGCGUCUCCGCGUGGACUUUACGGCGACGUCCGGCGAUGGAAGAGACGGGACGGAUCCAGAGCGAGCCCUGGGGUGCUCGCAGAACCCCUGUUCGGUGUCUCACAGCUGCCCUGUUCGGUGCGACCCGCCGGAUCCAUCGGCUAAAAUUGCGCAGCAGCUUUGAGGUUCAGCCCAUCGAAGGCAAAGGGCUUGGGGUUGUGGCCAUGAGAAAUAUCAGUCAAGGUGAAAUGAUACUUGAGGAUCAGCCCAUGCUGGCCAUUCCAUGCAAAGACUUGGAUCGUCUCACAGAUCGUGAUGUCGAAGAGAUGGUAAAGGCCUUGCCACAGCAAAAGCAAGACUUCUUCUGGAAGCUCUUUGAUGCCGAGAUUUUUGGUGACAAGCGAUCAGCCAAAAGCCGAGUGCUGACCAACAGCUAUCCUGUGGAAGAUGCUUCUGGCCACGAAUGUUUUGGUGUGUUCAAUUCAAUCGCACGCUUCAAUCAUAGCUGCGUGCCGAAUGUUCACAAUAGCUGGGACAUCGAGACACAAUCCGAAACACUCUAUGCAUCCCGCGAUAUCUUCGAGGGCCAAGAGCUUUGUACCUCCUAUUUAAAGCCGAAGGAUUUGUAUCGUUCAAGCCAGGAGCGGCGCCAGCUUUUGCAACGCUUGAAGUUUCGAUGUAACUGCGAAGCCUGCAGCUUGACUGGAGAAGAUGCCGUGCGGAGUGACCAGCGUCGAAAGGAAUUGCAGAGCUUGACCAGGCAGCUCGAGGAAAGUGACACGACAGUGCGCCCUUCAGAACGUGCUGCUUUGCUUCAGCUGGUUGAGCAAGCUAUAGGGCUCAUCGAUGCGGACUUCCGGAAGAAUCCUGCCUUGAAGUGCCGGGUUUACUCUGCGGGCUUUGAGCUGGCGGCUGAGCUGGCAGACUUGGAGAUGGCAUCGAAACUGGCGAAAGCGGCACUGGAAGAGAUCCUUUUGGUGGAAGGAUCCACGUCUCCCAGAACCAUGAUGCUGCAGCAGUGUGUGGAUUUGUGUGGAUAAAAGUUUGCGGGAGGUUCAUCCCUCGAAAAUGCAUCAGGCUUCUUGCAAAACAAAGGAUUGGAUUUGUU